AUGUUUUAUCCUGGUAUGCUUCGAGAAAGACCUAAAGAUUUACUUUCAGAUAAAUGGAAGAUUAUUUUAAGAGUAUCAGGGUUUCUUGCUUCUUGUUAUUUAAUAUGCUAUCACGGAGAUUUAUUUGACAUACCUGAACAUAAUAAAUUAUCUUAA